AUGUUUCUCGCACUAGUGGUGACGCCAGAGCUCAGGGAGUUCCUGGCCAGAGCGAGAGGAGGAGCAGUGCGCCUCAUCAAGGUGCGCAUCCAAGACGAGCAGCUGGUGCUGGGGGCUUGCAGGGAGCCGGACCAGAGCUGGGACCAGGACUACGACCGCUUCCUGCUUCCUCUCCUGGACGACCAGGAGCCCUGCUACAUCCUGUUCCGCCUUGACUCCCAGAAUGCACAGGGCUACGAGUGGAUCUUCAUCUCGUGGUCUCCUGACCAGUCUCCAGUGAAACAAAAGAUGUUGUACGCUGCCACGAGAGCCACAGUGAAGAAGGAGCUCGGCGGCGGCCACGUCAAGUACGAGAUGUUCGGCACAGCAGAGGAGGACAUCUGUUUGCUGGGCUACCAACGCCAUGUGUCCUCCUGCUCAGGUCCGGCCCCGCUCACGUUAGCCGAGCAGGAGCUCCAGAGGAUCAAAAUCACCGAGGUGACGACAGAGAUCAGCGUGGAGACAAAGCACCAGACGCUUCAGGGCCUCGCUUUCCCUCUGCAGGACACAGCCAGAAGAGCCCUGCAGCAAAUGGCCCAAAAGAACAUCAACUACAUACAACUGAGGUUGGACGUAGAGAAGGAGAUCAUCGAGCUGGUUCAUUCCAGCCCGACAGAAACUCGGGAUCUGCCCAGCAGAGUUCCCAAAGACACUCCCAGAUAUCACUUCUUCCUCUACAAGCACUCCCACGAAGGAGACUACCUGGUGUCUGUCGUGUUCAUAUACUCCAUGCCAGGGUACAGCUGCAGCAUCAAGGAGCGAAUGCUGUAUUCCAGCUGCAAGAGUCGACUACUGGAGGACGUGGAGAAAGAUUACCAGUUGGAAAUUGCUAAAAAGUUGGAGAUUGAUAACGGAGAUGAACUGACAGAGGAGUUCCUGUACGACGAGGUCCAUCCCAAGCAACAUGCCCACACACAGGCCUUUGCUAAGCCCCGCGGUCCGGCAGGGAAAAGGGGACACAAGCGUCUCAUCAAGGGGACAGGCCAGUCCGUGCAGAGCAGCUAG